ACUCCCCGCUGUCCCCGCGCUUCCUGUUCCCAACCACGUGGGCGCGCCGGGCUCCGCGGGCAGCCGCACCGGUACCGGCUGGGCUCGGCGCGGCGCGGCAUGGCGGGCGGCGGCGGCGGCGGCUCCUCGCACUGCCUCAGCUACGCGGGCUGCAACUUCCUGCGGCAGCGCCUGGUGCUCGCCACGCUCAGCGGGCGGCCGCUGAAGAUCCGCAAGAUCCGCGCCCGGGAGGAGGACCCCGGGCUCCGCGACUUUGAAGCAAGUUUUAUUCGCCUCAUUGACAAAGUGACCAAUGGCUCUAGGAUUGAGAUAAACCAAACAGGUACUACCUUAUAUUACCAGCCUGGUCUUCUGUACGGAGGCUCAUUGGAACAUGACUGCAGCCCCAGUCGCAGUAUUGGCUACUACCUGGAAAGUUUGCUCUGCUUGGCACCUUUCAUGAAACAUCCACUGAAGAUUGUCCUGAGGGGAGUAACAAAUGAUCAAGUAGAUCCUUCGGUUGAUAACCUUAAGGCCACAGCUCUACCCCUGCUGAAAAAAUUUGGAAUUGAUGGUGAAGGUCUGGAAAUCAAGAUCAACCGGAGGGGAAUGCCUCCCAAAGGGGGUGGAGAGAUACUGUUUACUUGCCCAGUGAGAAAGGUCUUGCAGCCUAUUCAGUUCACAGACCCAGGCAAAGUCAAGCGCAUCAGAGGAACUGCAUACUCUGUCAGAGUGUCACCACAGAUGGCAAACAGAAUGGUGGAAUCUGCAAGGGGCAUCCUGAAUAAAUUCCUCCCGGACAUUUAUAUCUACACAGAUCAUAUGAAGGGAGUCAGCUCUGGAAAAUCUCCAGGAUUUGGCAUGUGCCUUAUUGCAGAAACCAUCAAUGGCACUUUUCUCAGUGCUGAGCUAGCCUCAAACCCUCAGGGCCAAGGAGCAGCUGUGCUUCCUGAGGAACUUGGCCAGAAUUGUGCUAAGCUAUUGCUUGAGGAGAUCUAUAGGGGAGGCUGUGUAGAUUCAACAAACCAGAGCCUUGCUCUGCUGCUCAUGACCCUUGGACAACAGGAUGUUUCCAAAGUCCUGUUAGGACCUCUGUCUCCAUACACAAUUGAAUUUCUGCGACACCUGAGAAGCUUCUUCCAGAUCAUGUUUAAAAUUGAAACGAAGUCCCCUGAAGAAGAACACAAGGGUGGGGAAAAAGUCUUAAUGACGUGUGUUGGCAUUGGAUUUUCCAACCUUAGCAAAACAAUAAGAUAAGAAACAUCUGCAGACUAUGAAGUGGGGUGCCAGAAAAGACUGCAAAGAUCUGAUGAAAAAACAUCUUCCCCCGUGCUUAUUCUGGCACAAGGAAAACCAGUGCAGAGGUACUCAAGCUUGCUGCAUGGAAACUAUAAAGCUGACUUUAGGCUGUUUAGACCUGUCCUCUUUGCAAAUGUAAUGCCGCUAUUCUGUAUUGCAUGGAAUGGCUGGCAGGAGUCUCAGCUGGCUUGGGGCUCUUUGCACUGUGCUCCACUACAUGGGACAGACGUGCCCCUUUUGUCCGCAUGCCCUUUAUUCUUGCAUCCUCAACCCUUAAAUGUAGUAGGUGCUCUAGUUAUGUCUAUAUACAAACUUCACUCUUAGCUUUUUCUGAAUGGUUUAGAUAGAAAGGGGAAACAAGAUUGACCAAAAUGAUAUUUGCCCUACAAAAUAGAUGGUCACAAGAGAUACAUUAGAUUCUUGAGCUAUCUGUGGAAUUAAUAUUGGCACAAAAGUAAAAGUACAAGCUGGACGUAUUAUUUUUGGCGCAACAUAUAUUGUAUAUAGGAUUUGUCAAAUGCUUCACUCCCACUUAUGUUGACUAAAUUAAUUUUGCAGGAGGGGAAAAAUUGCCUGCCUUCUAAUUUUCUUUAAUGCUAAAAUACUGAAGAAGAGAUCACAGUCUGUACUGAUUUAUUUUAUCCUUCUCUGCAAUGAUGGCAUAGGAGGAGAAACCUUGACAGUUGCUGAAUUGUCAAACAUUCUUUUCAUGUUUGGCAUGUAACACACUGUAGUUCACAAUUAGUUUUGAAAGGUAACAAAAAAGCUGUGCAGGGUUUCAUGGAGAAAAUUAUAUUCAUUUAGUGCCAUCAAGUUAUGUGCAUCUUCUCCAUUUUGAAAGAGGGGUUACAGUCGAUGAGCAUUGUUUGGAUUGACUGGUGCUAAAAGUUCCUAUCAUGAUAUAAAUACUUACGCAAGAAAGAGUUUUGGUAGAUUCCAUGCAAACCUGUUGAGCUUAGUGCUGAACUCCUGACACAAGGAGUUAUACUUGACUUCAGGCUACACUCAGUGUGUUUGGAGUAAAAUAAAACCAUGUCAAAAGCUGGUAUAUUUAUAGAGCAAGUACUAGUGACUGUGUUAUAAUGGUCUUACAAACUUUAUCUGAUGCCACUGUAAAGUGGACAUUACCUCUGUAAUAUGAAAAAUGUAUAUUGGACUGAACAGAACUUUGACAAAAUAUUAGGUAUUUGAUUAGUGCUUUAUGAAGUAUUGGAGGCCAUGAGUCAUUUUUUGUACUGUACUUUGUUCUUAUCACAUCUGUCUAAACAUGUUUUGGAAAAAAAAGCGUAUUUUGUCCUAAAAAAAAAAAUCCCCCUUUAAAAACAAACAAACUAACCUUUUCCCCAUCACUGUAAGAUGGGAUAAAAGUGAUAAAAGGCUAUUUUAAGCAGUUAAACGAAAAGAACAAUUUGGGGGGGCAGGCAGGCAGUUGGAAGUGUGAGGCCAUUUUUAUAACUUAAUACUCGUCCAAAAUUUGAUUUGCGAAUAAGCAAACCCAAAAUAAUUCAGUAAAAAGCAAAAUAAAAUUAUUUGACUCCUGUUUUGUUUUGUUUUUUUUUUAUUUCAAAUUACAACAGAAAAAAGUCUGUGGGUGGAGAAUAACAACUUCUUACAUUGCUUCCCCUUGUAACCUAAGCAAUAAAAGCUGGAAACUCUCCAAAUUAAAGUUAUGCUAAAUACAAUGAGCCAUUGGUCCAAAAGCUGAAAUGUACAAGUUGAGAUCAAUGGCAACCAGAAUGAAUGUAUAAAACCUACGCUAAUUAAAGAUUCAAUUUUGCUGCACAGCUCAGAUUUCUAAAAUCAGCCUAAAUAAAAAUUUGGAAGUGUUGUCAUAACUUCAAAACCAAAAAGCUCUGUUACCUUUUAACUUUUAAAACUCAGCUUUUGAAGCUGUGACAGCAUUUUCAAAUGUUCCAGUUGCACCAAACAUAGAAAGGGCAGUGUGUUGCCCAGGUAGCAGAUUUCUUAGCAAUAGAGUAAUUAAAUCAUAAAAUUACACAUGCUUAACUACACCUCAGUGUUGAAGUUAAGCUGCUAACCCUUAGACCUGCUGAGAGAAAACAACCACAUUGUGUAGCUCUACAACAGACUGCUUGCUCUGACUCAGAAUUGCCGGCUACUUUACUCAGAAAAAUAUAUGUAUGUAGCAGGAGUAAGUCUUCUAGAACAGACAGUCUCUGGAGAAAGAGGAACAAUUACAAAGGAGUUUUUAGCUAAGAGCUUUCUUAAAGUUGUUUGACUUCUACAUUGUGUGAAAAGUAGUUAUUUGUAAAUCCUCCAGUUAAGAUCUGUUUGUUUAUUGGGAGAAUGGUGAUUAAAACCUGUGUUGGUAGACUGAUCCCAUAUGCAGUAGGCAGCUUCAUUUUCAAGCUGUACAGAGGAAAUUAGUUUCUGGUGAAGACAACCCACGUUCUUCAUAAUCGCAGGCUUUGUCGUAAGGAUGAUUGUUACAAGGAGGUUUUAAUCUCAGUCUGUCACAGUAGAUUUAAAACUGGUUAUGUGAAUUUAUAUGUGAAUAAUUUUGUAUUCCUUGCGCUAUUCAUCAAUUUAGUUCAUCCUUUUGGAAUAACAACUGUGGUAAUACCCUUCUGCUGUGAUUGGAAACUUUUCUGCUUACAAAAAGCUUUAAAGAUGGACAACGAGGGGCAUAGGUGUGGGAAGGGACUAGUUAAUAGAAGUGUUUUGCAAUGUGCAUUUUAAUUGCAGUAAUUUUAACAUUCAAGUGUGGACAGGGUGAAGGAAGCACAGAGAAAUGUUUUGUCAGAGAACUAAUCAGAGUAACUCAUUAAAUGGGGAAUCUAUUUCGUUCAACUUGCCUAACAGGAAAGGCUACUAUUGUGGUGAUGUGAAAAGUAUUUGAAAAAUGUAUGUUUAUCUUGCAUGCGCUACCACUUUUUUAAUGUGUAUUGUUGAACACUACUACGUUUCCGAGAUGUGAUGGUAACUGUGCUAUCCCUUCUGUGUUUACAUCGGAAAAUUCCUGUUAACUUGCUAUAGAACUGAUUCCGGAGUAGCAAAGAUUAUGCUGAAGGUGAAAUUGCUUCAGUUCAAGACAGUGCAGUUGUCUUGAACUGAAGCAGAAGGUGUAUGGCUGGAAGCCAAUGCAAUAAAUGUCUGGGGAAGCACAGAGUAGGUGAGUUAGCUAGGCCAAAACAGUAAGUACAUGGCUGUCCUGGGUAAUGUUUUCAAAACGGUGAUUAUGCUACUGCCAAAGUAUAUUCUCUCUCUUCUUCCCCUACCCCACAGGUGAUAUUAAGAGUCAAAUGGAUUUUGUUUCAAGCCACUGAGACAUACUUCUACUGCUUGCAAAAUGACAUUCUCACUUUUUCAAUCAUGCCCUUGAGACAGCAACAGCAGGGGGAGAAAAAAAAGACAAUAAAGAAAAGUACCAGCUGUCAGAAGGCAUAAUUUUACAUAUGAAUUUCUUGCUCAAUAUUUGAUGUGUGACCAUCUCCCCACAUUCAUUUUGCAUGUUUAUCCUAGGGAAUACUGAGGAAGGCUACUUCUCUGUCAAAGCAACCAUGAAUUUACAAAAAAAAAAAAUAAAUGUGGAAGGGGCAUCUUUUACAGUUACUGUUUAGUUCUUAGUAACCUUUUUCUUGAAAGAUCAUUCUUGGUGGGUGGAACAUACACAAUUUUCCUUGGGUCUGAUCUAGAAGCAGUGCUGACAAACUCCAAAAUCAAAACAAAAAAGCACCACUGUGUUUUCAGUGGGAGGGGAAAAAAAGACAAAGUCCUGCAAGGAAGAGUGUCUGGGUUGAACUCUGCUGUGACAGCAUUGUGCAUGUCAGGAAGUGAAGUCAUGCACUGUGUCAGAGCAUCACGAUGUCCAAGUAGUAUUUACGCUUGAUAAAUUAUGAUAUUAUAAUGGAGACAGAUUUGUUAAGGUUAUUUGUAGUAUAUCUGUAGCAGUACAUGUUAGGUAUGAGUGCUAAUCUCUCUCACAGGCUAGUUAGAUUAUUAUGUAUACACCAGGAAGAGUAACCUGACCUGUAUUUCCUGUGUACUAAAGAGGAUCUGCAAGCCAGGUCUAAAUAUGCAUGAUUUUUUUUUAUUUAUAGUGUGUGUGUGUGUGUGUGUAGUUUUUUUUAAUGUUACCAAAGUUUAAGUAGAAAAACAGAUUAAAAGCUUGCAGCUUGUUUGUGUUUUGGCAUUCAGAAGGUGCUUGAUUCUGUAGUGCUUCCUGAGAGAUUUCCUUAAGUAUUUGUAUUUGGAAACGCAUCUAUAGAUGGAGAAUGUGAAGGAAAAGGUUUCUGCUAUGAAAUGUUCCUGAGCACUGAAUAUAAAAAUCAACAUUCAUGCUGCAAGUAUAUUACCUUUUAUUUUCACUUUUUUUUUUUUUUGUAUCUUAUGUAUGUAAUAUACUUUCAGAAGAAAAAUAUCCACCAUAAAUCAGAGCUCAAUAGGAGAGCCUAGAAAGUGUUAUUCCCGUUUCUUUGUGAAAUGUGUGUGUCAGGUUGUUAAUAAAAAUUCUGUUUCUUAAUCUCUCA